GGCAGGGGUCCUGUCUCGGUGUUGCCACCGCGCGCAGCCAGAACUACGCUUCCCAGGCUGCCCCGCUGCAGUCGCGCGCCCCGCGCCCGGCGCCGCGCCCGGCCGGGAGCCGCCUGUUGAUCGCAGCUCUAGUCCGGGGCCACGGCGCCGCCCCUGCUGGUCGGACCCGCGCGCUCGGGACUCUAAGGCUGCUGGGCAGAUCAUCCGCUUCGGGAUGGGCACAAGCAAGGUGGUAGUGUGAAGUCUCAGGAAGCUGGCCCGCUCGAAGGUGUGUGUGAGAAAGGUGUAACUUGGAAACCAUGGCGCUCCCCUUUCAAAAAGGGCUGGAGAAAUACAAGAACAUCGACGAGGACGAGCUUCUUGGCAAACUCUCAGAAGAGGAACUGAAACAGUUGGAAAAUGUUCUAGAUGACCUAGAUCCCGAGAGUGCAACCCUACCGGCUGGAUUCCGACAGAAAGACCAGACCCAGAAAGCAGCCACUGGCCCCUUUGACCGUGAGCAUCUGCUCAUGUAUCUGGAGAAAGAGGCUUUGGAACAGAAAGACAGGGAAGACUUUGUACCCUUCACAGGAGAAAAGAAAGGAAGAGUCUUUAUCCCCAAGGAAAAGCCCGUAGAAACUCGUAAAGAAGAAAAAGUGACUCUGGACCCAGAACUGGAGGAAGCCUUGGCCAGCGCCUCAGACACUGAACUCUAUGACCUUGCAGCUGUCCUUGGAGUCCACAAUUUGCUCAACAAUCCGAAGUUUGAUGAAGAAACAACCAAUGGCAAAGGUCACAAGGGGCCUGUGAGGAAUGUCGUCAAAGGUGAAAAGGCCAAGCCUGUAUUUGAGGAGCCACCGAACCCCACAAAUGUGGAAGCAAGCCUGCAACAGAUGAAGGCCAACGACCCCAGCCUACAGGAGGUCAACCUCAACAACAUUAAGAACAUUCCAAUUCCAACCCUGAAGGAAUUUGCAAAGGCUCUGGAGACCAACACCCAUGUGAAGAAGUUCAGCCUGGCUGCAACCCGCAGCAAUGACCCCGUGGCCCUUGCCUUUGCAGAGAUGCUGAAAGUCAACAAAACCUUGAAAAGUCUAAACGUAGAGUCCAAUUUUAUCACUGGCACUGGAAUCCUGGCCCUGGUGGAAGCGCUGCGGGAAAAUGACACCUUGACAGAAAUCAAGAUCGACAACCAGAGGCAGCAGUUGGGAACAGCUGUGGAGAUGGAGAUUGCCCAGAUGCUGGAGGAGAAUUCAAGGAUCCUCAAGUUUGGGUACCAGUUUACCAAGCAAGGGCCACGCACAAGAGUGGCAGCUGCCAUCACAAAAAAUAACGACCUGGUUCGCAAGAAGAGAGUUGAAGGAGACAGGAGGUAAACCUCCACUCAGAGAGGUGAAGGCUCACCACGCAACUAUCCCAAAAAAAAAAAAAAAAACCCCAAAAUCCUCUUCUCCACGGGACCAUUUUAUCCAAGGCUGUUCGUUUCCGUUAACUAUAUCCGUCAUAAUUUUAACUGUUACUCCAUUUUAGCACUACGUAUUCAUCUGAGGUUCUGAAAUAUGUGUAGCAGUUUGCCUCGCUCCUGGACACACCUGGCGGCUUGCACAAUAGGGCGAUACGGAUGUUAGACAGGGACAAGGCUGGAGAUGACCUUAGCCGCUUUCGUAUUGGUUUGUCUUGCUUUCUUCCGUGAACAUUUUUUAGUCAUGGGAAGGGACUUAGCGUGUAGCAUGUGUUCGUAGCUGAUUACACAGUGGAGGACUAUCUCUGUUUACAUGCCUUGCUUCGAGCUAGGCUGCAUACAUGAGAAGUGUAUGCUACUGACCACAUAAGAAGUUAGUAUUGCCAAUCUUUCACAAAUUCUCCGUUACUUCCAGAAAAAAAAAAAAAAGUGUCUCUACAUGCACAUACCCAACUGAUAAAUGGUCAGUGGGAUCCUCCUUAGAAAGCACUUUAAUGUAGCACUAGCAAAUGGACUGUUUAGUACCCCAUGUGAUAUAUUAAUUCAUAUUAAUAAUUCACACGCUUACCUUUACUAACUGUUAAACAUGAAUUAAACAUAUUUUUGAGGUAUGUGGUCCUGGGAGUUGUACCCAGGGCCCUGUGCAAGCACUCUACUCCUGAGCUACAUCUCCAACCCAAAUUAUAUUUAAAAUGAUUCUCUAAUAGGUAAUUAUUUACAAAGCCGUUGAAAGACUUUCCAGGUAUAAUGGGAAAUUUUUAAUUUUUUACUAAAAGAGGAUUUCAAAAUGGUACAUUCCCAAAUAAAAUAACAAUAACAGCGUCUUAGGGCUAGAGAACAGGCUCAGCAGUUAAGAGUGCUUGCUAAUUCUCCAGAGGACUGGAGUUCAGUUUCGGCACUUGGGUCAAACAGCUAACAAUACCGUAUAGCUCCAUCUUUAGGGGAAUCUGAUGCCCCCAGCCUCUGAAGGCCUCCACACAUAUGUAUACAUACCCCCUUCCAUAUACACACGUAGUUAAAAAUAGAUUUAAAAGAUGUGGCACCGUAAUCAAAGUUUCUAAUACAUAAUGAAUUUGACAAAUUUUAAAAGCAAUUGUUGAUUCAUCUUUAGCAUAACCAGAUCAUCAGAUAAAUUAUGGGCAGUGUGGUUAAUUAUAUAGAUUUUUCUUUUUGUCACAUGCAAUUGCUUCUUUGCCUUUUGGCUUAAAAUCAAGCGUUGAUUUUUGUCAUGUGUCACAGUGAAUCCAGUCAUUUGCAAACAUUAGGUUAAAAUGGAUUGUCAGUUGCUCAGAUGUUUGUCACCUUGAAGACAAAGUCGUGUGAGGACAUGACUGGAGUGAUCAUGAAGUGAUUGAUUUACAACUGGACAGCGUAAUGCAAACUUAAGAUACCAAAUGAUGAAAGUUCUUGACCCAAAAUCAUCACUUCUCUCUCCUGUCAUAGAGGACAGCUGGUGCCAGCCACUGUGGGGUGCCUGUAUUAGCUGCUUCUCACUGCUGUGACUAAAUACCUGACAAAGGGAAAUGUAAGAAAAAGGGGGUCCAUCUUGGCUCACAGUCUAAGGGUGCCACCUACGGUGCCCGAGAAGAAUGGCAGCAGGAGCAGGAAGCAGUUGUCACAUCGCACACAGGCAGGAAGCAGAGGGAGAUGACUGCUGGGGCUCAGCCUGCCCUCUCCUUUUCUCCCUUUGUAUUUAGUCUAGCACACCAGCCUAGGGGAUGAUGCUCUGCACAUCAGGGUGAGUCCUCCCUCCUUGGUUAAACUUCUCUGCUAACAUCUUGGGUGACUCCAAAUCCCAUCAAGUUGACAAUGAAGAUAACUAUCAUAGCAUAUCUUGUCCUUCCUUUUCAUCU